ACGAAUCUGCCUAUUUUCAAGUUGAAAGAAUCUACAGUCAGAAGAAGAUACAGUGACUUUGAAUGGCUAAGGAACGAACUAGAAAGAGAAAGCAAGGUUGUGGUACCACCUCUACCAGGAAAAGCUCUUCUCCGUCAGCUCCCCUUCCGAGGAGAUGAUGGCAUAUUUGAUGAUUCAUUUAUAGAGGAAAGGAAACAGGCUCUUGAACAAUUCAUAAACAAGGUUGCAGGCCACCCACUGGCACAGAAUGAGCGCUGUCUUCACAUGUUCUUACAAGAUGAAGUAAUAGACAAAAACUAUACGCCAUCCAAAAUAAGACAUACUUGAGUUCUGAAACCAUCUUCUCAAAUGUUAGUGGUUCUUAUGCUUGGUUUUAAGAGGUUGCAGUUUGUCUUAGCAUGCUGAGGAUAAACAGGCACAAAGUCUCCACUAACAUCAGUACACUGCUUGGUCUUUGCAUAUGCUUUAUAGCAUAAAAGAACUCACUUGUCUUCUAGCUAAGUCCCUCUGAAUCCUUGAUUUAAGAGUAUUGUCCUACGAGACCAUCCACCCCUUGCAAUGUCUCACAAACCUUUCCACUCUUAUUUGCAAUGACUUAACAAUGUUUACUGACUUGGCCUUACUUGAACUUGCACAGUUGUAGUGUCACGUAUUCACUUGUAUUUUACUGAACUGCUAUGCUGUUUCUGAGGUAGUAAUCUGUCUGAACUUCUGUAGAAAGACUGCUUUAUUUCUGAUACAUUGUGUGAGAAACACUUAUGCAAUUGUCUUCAAGCUUGUAAAACACUUUAUACUGAAGUAAUGAGGGAAUUAUCUUUAUAUUCUGUAAGAGGAAAAAAAAAUCAAAUUUAUAUACUAAAGUAACUUGUCUAAAGUUUUGAAAUAAAAGUGAAAAUGCACUUCAAAUGUUUUGUCACUCUUG